CGUCAACGUCACUUUUCAAGCAUUUGUCUUUAUUUUGGGAAAGUUUUAAAAUUGUUUAUUUAAAUAUUUUUUAUUCUUUAGUUUAUGAUAUAAUCGGGAAAUGAAAAUUAAAAAAAAUGGAAAAAGAAUCACUUUCAUCUGACGCGAACAAAGAAACCCAAAUAAAAAUUUUACAGGAACAAUUGAAGGCUAGUGGAAACCGAUUGCAAGCAUCACUCACCGAGUAUCGUAAAAAAAUUGAAGCUUCUAAAAACGAUAACAAUGGACCUUCCAAAAGUAAAUCAGAAUCCCCUGCUCCGAGCCUAAGUAGCGAAUCAUUGAGUAUAAAUAGUAAAAAUGGAUUUUGUGCUAACAAGGAAAAAAAACCAAUAUCUAAAGUCAAGAUUGAUUCAGACUUUUCUCUUUCGAAUAGUUCUUUGAAUUCACACAGCACAAAUGAACAUAACACACCUAGCGCAAUGGCUAAGAAACGGGAAAUUUUAGAAAGAACAGAAAUAAAAGAAAAAAUUGGACAAAUUAAAAACAAAAUAAUAAGAUUCAACAGGAAGAAUAGUGAAGCUCCAAGAUAUCCAUCUGUGAAUGCAGGUAGGAACAGAUCAAUAUCAGAAAGGUCUUACACUAGUCAGAGUACCUCUGUUGGAAAUCGCCAACGAUCUCUAUCGGGAACUUAUUCCACUGCCGAUUCAGAGUUUUCAAAUAUAUCACAAAAUACAAAAGAAAGUAUCUUGACGAAUGGAAAGAAAAUGGGUAGUGAUAUAAGUGAAGACACAGCGAAAAUAAGAAAACGUGGGUCACGUGGCAAACGUGGAAGCAAGUCUAAAUCAAAAGAAACUCAAGCCAAUGCAGAACACAUUCCGUAUUAUGCUAAAGAAUGUGAUAGUUUGUACAUUAAUGCCGAAACUUUAUUAAUACUGGAUUUACUUUUUCUUCCUCUGGAACAACAUCACGAAUAUUUGCUCAAUUUAGCAAAAAUUCGAAAAAUAUUAGUACCAAGUCCCGAGGGAUAUGUAUAUAAUCCUAGAUUGAAACGCAUGAAUUCAAUAUUAGAAUUAGGUAACCAAUGUAGAAAUCUUAAUUCAGAAAAUUUAAAAAAAAUUCGAAAGUUAAUGUCCAAUGAUCAAGAAAAUGGUUUUGAUAAAAGCAAAGAAAAGAAAGUACGUUUAGAUUCGGAAUCAAAACGAAUCGGAGAGAAAAAAUCGAAAGUAUUUGAAGACUAUGUCAACGAAAUAGUAGGAGAUUACUUGUCAGAAGAUAAAAAGGAAGAAUUUUUAUUUCCAAAAAGGCCUAAGUCUCAACGUACUAAAAACUAUUUCAAUUCUAAAAACUUUGAAACAGAAUUGGAAAAAUACGCACAAAAACUUGUGGAAGCAAAUUUAGGGGUUAUUGUUGAAAGUGACAUUAGAAUUAAUGGCAAAAACAAUGAGCAAGCCUUUGUUAAAAAUGUAUCUGGGAAAAAAGACGCAUUUAUAGGAUCGCUAGUUGGAAGAAAAUAUGCUUUACAUGGUGACAUAGUAAAAAUAUUUGUACGUAAUGACGACUCUGAAAAACAAGCGACUAAAUAUUUGAACGAAGUUAAACUUAGAGAAAAUAUUGAAGCCUUACAAGAUGAGAAAACAACCCAAAAUAAUACUUGUAAUGAGGCUGAAGUUUUAGGUAAUCAACCAGGUCCAAGUUCUGUAAAUGCAGAUAAUAUCAAUACUGAUAAUGUAACAACAUGCGAUGAUAACGACAAUACAGAAUUAUGCGAUGAAUUGGAACAAUUAAAUAAUAGUAACGAUUUACUGAUUGAACCGGAAAAUGAUAUAUUACCCGAAAAGAGUUCAAAAGCUUUUGUUAUAAAAAUUGUUGAAAAAGUUCACAAUCGUAAAUGUGUUGGAAAUUUUUUAUCGUAUCGCAAAAGUUGCGAAUUUAUUACAUUUGUUCCUAGAGAUUUAAAAAUGCCCAACAUUCGAAUUUAUAAAGCAGACUGGCCAGAACCAUUUCAAAAGGGUGAACUACAAAGCAUCAGUGAUGUUUUAUAUGUUGCCCAAAUAACAGACUGGCUGAACGGUAUUUGUAUUGGUAAAAUUUUGCACCCUAUAGGGAAAUGUGGUGAAUUAGAAUCUGAGAAUAAAGCGAUUCUCUUGCAAAAUGGACUAGAAAUGGAUCCAUAUGAUGAAAAAUUUAAUAAAAUGUUUGACGAGCCUUUGCUCAUCACAGAAGACGAUAUUAAAAUAAGAGAAGAUCUCCGUUCUGAGUGUAUUUUCACCAUUGAUCCCUUAACAGCUAGAGAUUUAGAUGAUGCUAUGUCUUGCAAAACCAUGCCAAAUGGUAAUUAUGAAAUAGGGGUUCACAUAUCAGAUGUCACACAUUUUCUUAAGGAAAAAACCGAGUUAGAUGAAAUAGUUUCUCUGAGAUCAACAAGUGUUUAUAUGGUUAAUGAAGUAUUUCAUAUGUUACCUAAACCAUUGUGCUUCAAAUGCUCUUUAUUGCCAGGUGAAGAUAAAUUUGCCUUUUCAUGCUUUUGGGAAGUAACCCCCUCUGGUGAAAUUAAAAACACGCGUAUGAGUAGAACCAUUAUAAAUUCAUGCACUCAAUUUGCUUAUGAACAUGCACAAAAAAUAAUUGAUUUUCCGAACAAAAUAUUUGAAACCGAUGAUUUUCCUCAAAUUCACAACGGCUGGUCUGUAGAAGAUAUAGUAAAACGAAUCAAAAUCUUGCAUUUAAUUGCAGAAAUAUGGCGUAAAAAUCGUUUUCAAGAUGGAGCUUUAAAAAUAAACAGACCUAAGCUUUAUUUUCGUCUUGAUGGAGAAUCCGGAGAACCAGUUGAGUUUUUUCAAGCCACAUUACAAACGGCUAAUUAUUUGAUCGAGGAAUACAUGUUAAUGGCCAAUCGAUCAGUAGCUGAUUUUAUUUAUAAAAAAUAUCCUAAAAUAGCUUUUCUUCGAAAUCAUGAUCCACCGCUGCCUAAUGUUAUUCAAAAAGUACAGACCAAAUUAAAACAAUUAGGUUUUAAUUUGGAUAUAAGUAGUUCAAAAUUGAUUUACAGUAGUUUAACUGACAUAGUUGAAAAAAGUGAUAAUCCGCCAACUUUAGAAGCUUGUUUAAAUCACUUAAUAUCCAAUUCAAUGACAAGAGCAAGAUAUUUCUGUAGCGAAAACGCCAAAACACCAGAAGAAUUCUGGCAUUACGCUUUAUCAAUACCAAUUUAUACCCACUUUACUAGCCCCAUUCGAAGAUAUCCAGACAUAUUAGUACAUAGAGUUUUGGCAGCAGCACUUGAUUAUGAUAAACCUCCAUGUCGUAGUACAGAUGAAUUGCACGUAUUGGCUGCAAUUUGCAACGAGAAAAAAUAUACUGCAAAAUUAGCUGGAGAAGAUAGUUCUAAUUUAUAUUUUAUGUAUUAUAUAAAAUCUAACAAAUCUAUUAUUAUGAAAGCUGCAGUACUUGAAACUUUCAUGCGUUCAAUGGAAGUAAUUUUAUUAAUGUCAGGACACCAGAUUCGAGUAACUUAUCCAAAUGAUAAGUCCCCUGUGAAAGUAGCUUACAACACUAGCUCGAAAACAGCCUUUUUAAUUAAAGAGAGCGAAGAGCCAGUAGAGUUGAAAAAAUUUUCUGAAAUUGAAAUCGAAGUUUAUAUAGAAAAAUUCAAAAUUAAAGGUCGUAUACCUGGAACAGCAAAAAAUGUAACAAAUGAGCUAAAAAAUGGCCUGAUAAAAGAAAAUAAUGCAGAAAAUUGUAUAGAUAAAGUAGAUGAACUGGAAACUGGCAGUAGUGAUAAAAAUGAUGAAAUUUUAUUGCCCGAUGACAAUGAAGAAAAAAAUAAAGAAAGUGAAUCGGAAUCCGAUAAUUCAUUAUCCGACAAAAAUGAUUUGUCAGAUAAUGUACCCACCAAUUACACAUGUGAUGCAGAAGAUAGCUUAAAUUUAAAAACUGUAGUCCCUGUCGAUUCGGAAAAUAAAUUAGCAAUUACGUCAGACAAUGCAGAAAAUUGUCCUCUGGAAUUGUCCAAAGCACAAACGGACAAAGUUGAUAAUUAAGUCAAUUUUUAUAUGAAUAUCUAUAGGAUAUAAAAAACUUAAAAUAGAUUUAGGACAACGAUCAUGUUACAGAAUAUCUAGAUUUUAAGUUGCUAAUGUUAAUAGCGCGAUUUAACUUUUGAUUUCCAAAAUUUUUUGUUUUGUAAUAGUGCGUUAAUUAAUGUAUUUUACAAGUCAAUAGCAGAUAAGAAUAAAAAAAAAAUUGAUGUACAAAUUUUAUUUUCGAAUCAAUA